CGAGGAAGAAGGAGGCGGGAGAGAAGGGGCAGGCUGGCGGGUAAGGAAGCCGGUCGGAGCUGGGGAUUCGCCCGAAGGAGCCGUUGAGGCGUGAAGCAGAUAGGCCGGGACCGCUGCAGAGGCGCGAGGCGACCGUUCCGGAGCGAGCCGCCUUGGGCGCGCGGUCUGGUCGGUGCUGUGCCGGGCAAGCGGAUCUUGGAGGGACAAUGGAAGCGCAGGCGCAGGGUCUGUUGGGAAGACAAGCAUUGCGAGGGGCAGAUGAAGAUGUGGUCACUGAUGUUGAUUUUGCCAACACUCUUUCUGAAGAAGAGAGAGAAGAGUUAAAAGCUGAACUUGCCAAGCUAGAGGAUGAAGUUGCAACAUUACGACAAGUGUUAGCAGCUAAAGAGAAGCAUCUUGUGGAAAUAAAACAAAAGCUUGGCAUCAACCUGAUGAAUGAACUGAAACAGAACUUUAGCAAAAGCUGGCAUGAUGUGCAAACCACUGCUGCUUAUAAGAAGACUCAAGAAACUUUGAGCCAAGCAGGACAAAAGGCUACAGCAGCUUUUAGCAAUGUCGGGACAGUCAUCAGCAAGAAGUUUGGAGAUAUGAGGUCACAUUCACUUGGCUACUCUAUCCGCCAUUCCAUAAGUAUGCCUGCUAUGAGGAACUCGCCUACAUUCAAAUCCUUUGAAGAAAAGGUUGAGACCACAGUCACAAGCCUUAAGACAAAAGUUGGAGGUUCAAGCCAGAGUGGAGGAAGUUUUGAAGAAGUUCUUAGUUCUACUGCCCACGCCAGUGCCCAGAGUUCCAGUUUGGGCUCUCGACUUCCAGAAACAGAAGAGGAGCUUCAGUGCUAGAUGGAAGAGAUAGUAUUGAUUUUCUCUACACGUCUGCUUAAGACCAAUUUAGCUAUAUAAGCACUGUAUAUAUUUGGUUAUGACUAAGUGGACAAAUGUUAUUUUGAACCAGGCAGCACUGGAGACAAUAACUGUGACUCUCUGGUAAAGCAACAGCCUUGCUGGCAGACUGACGGUACCUGUUCAGAUGUGGUUCCUGGUUGUCUCUAUGUUUGUUUUUCUAUGUGGCUAUAGAACAUGGUAAAUGUCGGACCUACAUGUGUCAACACACUCAGAAUGUCACUUUAUAAAUGCUUCUUUUCCAUAUGCAGUUUCUACAAGAAAUGGUUGUUCCACUCUUGACAAUGAUCUCUACUGAUAUUGUACUCUAUUGAAAUUUGUCCAUAUAUGUACAUAGGUUAUAUAUUUGCAGUGAUCAGUUCAAAUAAUAUAUGCUUUAAAUUGGAUUUCUGAUUCUUGGUAUUUGUGAACAAGUGACAAGCUUGUCAGAAAUUUCGUAUUACCUCUAAUUUCAACACAUGUACUUGCUUCGAUCUUUGACUGGUUAUAUUUAAAGGUCAGGCUGCAGUUUUAGACGUGGCAUUUGUCUUACGUCCAUAGCCCGCUGUUGUUCAACAGCCUCUUUUUGAUUCACUGUGACUUAGAGGGUUGCUGCCUUUUGUAAUGAGCUUUCAGUGCCACAACAAAAAUACUUUUUACCAAUAAACUGUUUUCUUUUCCUCUA